CUGGGAUGUCGGGAUCCGCAUCCGUAAUUGGGUUGCAGGGAUCUGCUUUCAUGCAAAUUCAAGUUGAUCAGUACCGCAGUAUCGCGGAUACAACGUGCAUUCGCUGCUCAUUAAAUGGCUUCCAUUGCGACAGUCUGGCUGAAAUCCCAUGGCUUCACUUGGCUAUUAACUUCCGCCUCACAGUCGCCAUGGGUUUACCCUUUUUGUUAGGUCCCUCUUUUAUCGAAUCCCGAAAGUGUCCCUAACACCAGUCCUUCCUAUCCCUGCCAGCCAUUCCAGCCAUUUACGACGGAUCGAGGACCAAGCUAGCUUGGACAUAAUGGACACCACUCCGUCAAUACAAGGCGGCGAUGACUCCAAAACCAUAUCUGGCAAGCCGCCCGGCCCGUCUCGCAAGCGCAGCAUUUCGGGAGGCGGUGGUUUAUUGUCCAAGUUGCCUUUCAUGCGUUCAGCCACCGAGCAUCGACAUUCAAUGUCUCGGCCUAGCCCCGAUGACGCCGAGCCGUUUACGCCAUCGCCGUCAGACACAGCCCUGUCAUCAAAUCAGCAUCUACAUGACUCCGCCUCGUUGUCAAUGUCACAGGUUGUCCUUAAACAACAACAACAGCAAAAAACCCGGAGGCGGAGAGGUUCCCUCAGAAAGGUGGCAUUACUUGGCCGCGGAGCUCAGCGCGAGAGAAGGGAGUCACGGUCAGCGAGCACCGAUAUAAAACAAGCCAUCGCCCACUCGAUAAUGGGGGACGUGGGGGAUCCAUUCCACUCAGGCCAUGAGAACAAGAAGCUCUCGCAGCCCACGAAUGUGGACGUCGAGGAAUAUGGCUUGGGAAUAUCAGACAUUACACCCCGACCAAGUAUGGAUGGGUUCGCAGGACGACCAACCGCGGCAAUCGGGGCGCCUCUUUCGGAACGUAGCAUAGCCUUGGCCCUGGAAACGUCGCCCGUUAGGGACCCCAGAACGAUACAACAACAAGGCAGAGAUGCCGAAUUGAUGGCCACGAGCCCGGUAAUAGGUUACUCUACUACCGACGACGAGGACGCAUUGCAUAUGGGACCACGGCCAGCAACGCCGUCUAUGUCGUCUUCCUCGCGUCCCAUUGGGCUCGGUGUGUCAGACGUUCCGACCAGCACCCUCGCCUCCAUCCAGCGCCGACGCUCCGCCACCACGCAGCGCCCGAAAUCCCCGCUGGCACUGUCUUCCCUUGCAGGCCUGUCCACGACACCGCUGCCGGCGCCCGAUGGCGAUUGGGAUUACUCAGAAACAGCGUGGUGGGGGUGGGUGGUGCUGGUGGUGACAUGGCUUGUAUUCGUGACGGGCAUGGGAUCUUGCCUGGGAGUCUGGAGCUGGGCGUGGGACGUAGGGACGACGCCUUAUGCGCCGCCAGAGCUGGAGGAUGACCCGACGCUGCCCAUUGUUGGGUACUACCCGGCACUGAUUAUCCUGACGGGCGUGAUGGCCUGGGUAUGGGUUGUGGUAGCAUGGGUUGGCAUGAAAUACUUUAGACAUGCGAGGGUUAGUGGAGACUAGGACGCAAUACCUACAUAUAAGUACAUGGACAGCCUCUUCCGCCCCUCGCUCACCUUUGGAAAUGCCUUCCAAAGAUGCUUGGAACUCUCCGUUCUCGGCAGCCCAUCACGAGCCAACCACGUGGGCCUCUGAGGGACACAACCCGCAACUUACAUAAUAUUCCUGAUUCUAUUAGCGCGGUUCAUGUGGCGCUGGAGGUCCCUGCUGUCAUUCAGAAACCGUCGGAAUUGCGGUUAGAGAUCUUGAAGUGCGAGGAACCUGAAGAUUUUAGAUUACUAGAAGAUACAAUCUCGCUCAAGUCUUUUCCUUGUGUUGUUGAGG